AUGCUGGACCAAACGACUUUACUGCUCGCCUUGGCACGCUUCAUGUCGGCGAUUGGCCGUCUUUGUUUGGGUCCACUGCUGCCACUGUUGACCGAAUCGUUGGAGUUUCCCGAAGAUGCGAAACCGGCGCUCUUGUCCGCCUAUUCCUCGGGCUACAUUCUCACACAACUGGGUGGUGGAUUCUUGGCCGAUCAGUACGGCUUUGGAAGGAUCAUCACGGCCGUCACGGCCAUUUCAGCUGGCGUCUUGUUGUAUAUCAGCUUGGUAGCUUCCACGGCAGCGGAAUGGACCCAGGCCUACUUUGUCUUGGGCAUUGUAGCGGGCCCUUUGUUCCCUGCUGGAUCGGCAGCCAUUGCGGCCAAUGUCCCAUCUGCUCAACGACCUGCCUCUGCCGCCAUUGUCGACGCGGCAGCCAGUGCUGGAACUACCGUGGCGUCGUUGACACCAUUGAUUGCGUCUCAAGUCUUUCAAGGACAGUGGAAGAUGGUCUUUCACAUGACGGCCGUGGGAUUGGCGUUUGUCGCCGUGACGGUCGCCACCUCCUUUCCAUCAUCCACCAAUUCCCCCGACAAGAAUACUUCAAAACACGACGAAUCGACGACUCCGGAGAAACUAAUACAAGAAGAGAUUCUGCACCAUCACCAAGAACAAUCCACGCUGUCGGCACUGCUACACCCACUACACCUUUUGACCUACAUUUGCCAUUCGGUCGACAACUUUUCCAAAUAUUCCAUCAACUCUUGGGCGGCCACCAUGUUAGUGGCACAGCACCAAGCGUCCCCCGCCUUGGUGGGCGGCAUUUUGGGAUUGCAAGAAGGCGUCGGAGUCCUGUCCAAAGUCCUAGUGGGAAUUCUUCUGGGCGGGACCAGUGCGAGUAGAGGCAUGGCGUCGGCAAUUGGCUUUGGCAUUCAGGGCUUUGGUUUGUGGAUGGCCUUUGGAGCCGCCAUGGCCACCGAAGCCGGAGCCUUUUUGUUGAUGAGUGCCAUUGCCGUGGGAAGUCAUUCUAUUGGGUUUCGACCCAUCUACGUGGAGGGGUAUCAUGCCGGUGCCGUCAGUGGAUUUGGGAAUUCGAUUGCCAGCUUUGCCUCCGUACUGGGGCCUCUCACUAUUGGAACGGCAGUCCGACCCGAUGGGAAUAAAGAUUGGCCCAUGGUGGCAGUGUGGAUGUUCCUUGUCAAUAUGAUAGGGUCUCUAGCAGCCAUGGGGAUUGCAAUGAUGGGGAGGGUAGAAGAGGCUGAGAAAUCCAGCGAGGGAAAAAACCGUCAGAACUAG